CGGGCUUUUCUUCUCGACUCUUGUCUCCGUCUUUGCAACAACGCUUUGACGCCUCUUGCUUCUUUGUGCCUUCGACUCCUUCAUCAUGGCUGCCGCCGCCGUACAAGUUCCAGUUGCUCAUCUUUACAACACCCUUCCCACCCUCGGAGAUGCUGACGCUCGGUUCGUCGAACGCGAGCCCGUGUUCAAGCAGCUUGCCAAGCUGCUUGCCCAGUACAACAACGUGUUCGGCAUCUGCCUUGUCCAUUCUCACUGCAAGCUCGACGAUACGGAGAUCAUGCUCUCCAAGGGAAACGUCUCUCAACCGGAGAGACUGGAGAACAUUGAGCGCUUCUACCCAGAGCGCUGGCUCGCCAAUGGUACUCCGUACGAGUUCACAACUCGGCAGACGGAGGAGCCGCCUCGGGAUCUGGUCGACAAGUUCCUCGACAUCACCCGGCAGUUCAAUCUGCAGGACAUCCUUGGCUUCUAUCACAUCGAGGGUGGAAAGGAUGCCCCCGCUCUCAUCGAGUGGACAGAGGGCCGCAAGAACCUCACCAGGAUUCUGACAGAAGAAGACAAACCUGCCGAGCCUGUGCAGACCGCUUGGGACUUUGGUCGCGGUGAUCCCAUUACCAUGGCUUGCACCAUUGUGUGCGACACGAGAACCACCCGCAGCGGCAACGCUAACACGCACAAGAACACCCAGAGCCACCACAAGUGAGCCGCAUUUGUGGCGCGCAGCUGUGCACUGCUGGUUUCUGCUGGUGUGACUGGAGAGAAUCGGUGAGGCAUAGGGUCCGACACACGAAAGAAGGCGGCGGGGACUGCCCCUGGUGAAGUUCGAUGCCCACAUCGUUUGCUCUUGAGCAGAAACAGGCAGUGCUUUUGCGUUGCGGCUUUGACAGAGCAGAAUUGGACACUGGAAACGGGUAGAAAUGAAAUGAUGAUCUUUCCUUUUCUCACAUCCCUCAGGGCA